AUGUCGGCCACUCUGACGACAUUGAAUUCGGGUGUGAGCCCUCCUCUUACGACGGAUAAUGACCAUAACCACAGUGGACUGAUUGUGGUCAUCACCGCGGUCAAUUUGUGUCUAGUUUCGUUUUCUCUCGCAGCGCGCACCUUCUCUUCGUACCAUAGGAAUAGCCUGCAGCGAGAUGAUUACACAUUUGGGGCUCUCGUGGUUACCGCAAUUGUCCAGAUUGUACUCGUGCUUUGCCAGGUGCACUAUGGGUGGGGAACUCCGAUUGAUAGCAUCGAGACCACAAGUAAAGAGCAAAUGCUGAAGAUAGUAUAUGCUGCUGAUAUCUUGUCCAUCAUUGUGGUCGGCCUUUCAAAGGUGACAGCCUGCAUGUUCUAUAAGGGCCUAUUCUCCCAGAUGCAACGCCCAACUUCCCAUGUCGUUCUUCUGGUAAUGGUCCCGUGGACAAAUACUAUCCACGUUUCUGUCGGGAAUUCGGUGUUCCUCUACUCCCUGCGUCCCCGCUGGGAAGUAAUUACGGCCCUUGACAUUUCCACCGAGAUCUUACUUCUUGUGUAUGCGGCACUUGCAAUCCACAAAGUCAGGAUCUCGACAAAACAAAAAAUCAUCGUGUUUUGCGCUCUGAAGAGUCGGGUUUUGCAGGUCCCUUCACUAGAUUGGCUCAUCCCCAUCGCGGCAGUGCGUCUGCACUUCACCCAAGCCCAACUCUCCUCGGAAGAUCCAAGUCUCCUCGGGUCCUUUGCCACGGUCUCCACGGAGAUAUACAUAGGGCUAAGUGCCAUUUGCCUCUUGACGGCCUUUCUCAAGUCCUUUGUUGCAGUCUACGAGGACGAUAUCGGCAUAACAUAUACGUAUCGGAGGCCAUCGAAGUCUGAUUCGCGGUCGAGAACUGCUGUGCCGAAGGAUAUGCCGUCUCGCAGGAUCUCCCGUAGUGUGAGAAUAGAGCGGGGAGUAAAGGGCUGGGAGCGAGAAGAAGACCCGAUCAUCAAAUCAUCUGAGGGUAUUCAAGGGUUACAAAUUAUGAAAACUGUACAGUUAAGCGUGCGAGACGAGUCUAUAGAGCUAUCAGACUGA